UUUUCAUUCAUUGCUCAAACUUCGCAACAGAAAGAGAGAAAACAAACAAUCACAUACAUAGAAAGAUGGUGAACCUUGUGGCAGCACAGAUGCCAUUAUUGCAUGGCCUAAUGAAAAUGGCAGGAGUGCAACCUCACCGCGUAGAGAUUGAGCCUGGCACGGUAAUGAACUUUUGGGUUCCAAAUGAAACCAUCAAGAAACCUCAAAAAGGUGAAAAGGACAAGAACCCAACCUUAACCAAACCAAACAAACCUGUAAUAGUUCUAGUCCAUGGCUUUGCUGCUGAAGGUAUUGUCACUUGGCAAUUCCAAGUUGGUGCCUUGACCAAAAAGUAUUCAGUCUAUAUCCCUGACCUUCUUUUCUUCGGUGGCUCAAUCACUGAUAAAACAGACCGUUCGCCAGCGUUUCAGGCUGAAACAUUGGUGAAAGGUCUAAAGAAGUUCGGAAUAGAGAAGUGUAUUGUAGUGGGGUUUAGCUAUGGUGGCAUGGUGGCGUUUAAGAUGGCUGAGUUGUAUCCUGACCUGGUUCAGGCCAUGGUCAUAUCUGGUUCAAUCCUGGCAAUGACUGACUCGAUCAGUGAAGCAACUCUAAGUGAACUUGGGUUCAAGUCCUCCUCGGAGCUUUUGCUGCCUAAUUCUGUUAAAGGUCUUAAAACACUACUUUCUGUUGCUACUUACAAGAAGCUUUGGUUCCCAAAUAGGCUUCACAAAGACUACCUUGAGGUGAUGUUCACUAACAGAAAAGAGAGAGCUGAACUUCUAGAGGGGUUAGUCAUCAACAAUAAAGACCCCACAAUCCCUAGGUUUGUACAGAAGAUACAUCUCUUAUGGGGGGAGAACGACCAAAUCUUCAAUCUGGGGCUCGCACAGAACAUGAAAGGGCAACUAGGCGAGACGGCUACAUUUCAGGGCAUACGGAAGGCAGGCCACUUAGUUCACCUGGAACGUCCCUGUGUCUAUAAUAGAUGUCUCAAGCGAUUUCUUACUUCGUUGCUUGAAAAUGGAGUGCAGAAGUGACAAGACAACAAAUAUCUUUCAUUUUGCCUUCAUAUUUACUGCACUUUGCACUACUCGUUGGUGUUCUAGGUAUGUUACGUCUACUGUCAGGAAAAUUGUUAAAUGCAUUUUACUGAAAUUUUUACUUCCUUU